CCGUUACAAAGUAAACACCAUUUGCAAAAAAACAAACAAACAAACAAAAAAAAACAUUAUUAUUAUAAAUAUUACAUUUAUUUCUGAUCUGUAAUAUCUGUUCUGGUGAAAAAUAAAAAUCACAGAUCACUGCUGAUUAACAGAGAAAUAACAGAGAAAUAGGAAUCGAAAUCGUAACGAUAACUUACGGUUAAAAUAAAAUAAUAAUUUCGCAUCCCUCGCGAUGGCGUGUGCGUUCGUGCGUAACGUGCUUACGCCAUUGUUCAUGCACAGAUGUGCAUUUGUCAACACACCCAAAACAAAAUGUGUAUUAUUCCCAUUUUCAUAACAAGGCCUGUACUUUUUAUUCUGAAUAUUAAUAAAUCUACAAACUUCUUAUUGUGAUUCUCGUUUCAAAACAUGGAGAAAUCUGCUGUUCUUAAUGUUUAUGAGGCGCGCGUAAUCAGCCAUUUGGCGAAGCGUACAGCAGACAUUCACAAGAGAUGAGGGAUCAAGUCACAUCAUCUGAUCGAGUGAGUUAUGGCGCUGUCAUCGCGCUGGCCGCAGUCAGCUUCAUGCUGCUGCGGAAAUGGAUAGCUGGUGGUGUCUGCAAAAGCCGUGCUCGUCUAGAUGGAAAGACGGUUGUGAUUACUGGUGCUAACACUGGGAUUGGCAUGGAAACUGCAAAAGAUAUGGCUCGUAGAGUGAUGGCUUGCCGGGACCUGACUCGUGCCGAGAAUGCUGCGGAGUAUAUUCAACGCUCCACAGGGAAUGACAAUGUAGUCAUCAGACACUUAAAUCUGGCCUCUCUCUAUUCUGUCCGAGAAUUUGCCAAAGAGUUCAUAGCAACAGAAGAACGACUGGAUAUACUUAUAAACAAUGCAGGUGUUAUGAUGUGUCCAAAGUGGAUCACAGAGGAUGGCUUUGAGACACAGCUGGCUGUCAAUCACUUGGGACACUUUCUUCUGACCAAUCUACUGUUGGGAAUGCUAAAGAGAUCCUCCCCCAGCCGUGUAGUGAAUGUGUCCAGUAUUGCACAUGUUGGUGGAAAGAUUGAAUUUGAUGACCUGUUCUUUGACAAAAGGCCUUACAGUCCUUUGCUCAGCUAUAAACAGAGUAAGCUGGCCAAUGUGCUUUUCUCUAGAGAACUUGCACGAAGAAUGAAAGGUAUAGGAGUCUCCUCGUACUGCCUGCAUCCAGGAGUGAUUCGAACAGAGCUGAACCGCCAUGUUCUGCAAUGGUACCCAAUGCUAAAGACUAUACUGUCUCUGCCCUGUAUUCUGCUGAUGAAAACUCCCUGGCAGGGUGCACAGACCUCUAUCUACUGUGCUGUCACUGAGGGCUUAGAGAGGAAGUCUGGCUGCUACUUCAGUGAUUGUGCUGAAAAAGACCCUGCACCAGAAGGAAAAGAUGAUGAAGUGGCAAGAAGUUUGUGGGAGGAAAGUGCUCGGCUGGUUGGACUAAACAUCCGCCACUGAUACCUCAUACUACUCUCUUCCUGACUGUAAGCGCUCCACCUAGUGGUGAUACCUAUAACCCCAAACUCUGACCAGUGAGGUGGCCACAGAUGUGAAGUCAUGACAGAAAUAGUGUCAAGGCAAAUUACAUGAUUUGCAUCAGAAGAUGCAUUUAUUUAUCAGCCUUUUUUUUUUUGUAUUCUUGGAAAAGGAUAAUCAAGAAAAAAGUCUCAGAAAAUAUAGCUGCCUUGCUGUGUUUUCUAAGAAACUGAUCACAUUCUUAUCAUCUGUACAUAUGUCAGAUAUAUUAAACAUUGACAGAUUUAGGGAAAGAGCAAAAAGCAAACAGUGGUUUGUUUGUUAACCAUCCAGCAAUGAAUUAGGUUUUUCAGAAGCGUUGCUCUCAGGAUUAAUUAUUGAUGAUGAGAUGGUGCACAUUCUAGCACAUUUUACAUUGUGCCUAUAUCUUAUUAGAACAAGGUAUCUUUAAAAAGCAACUACAGCUGUAGUGUGUGUCCAGUAUGUGCAUACCUAUUUAUAUAGAUUGUAUUUAUUAUAAUUUAUAUAUAAUUUAACCACUAGAUGGCGAUGAAGUUGUGCUUUUGGAAGCACUUGCCAUGCUAUGCAUUUCCCCCUACCUAAAUUAUGAAACUGUAUCCUUCCACAAUGGAGCACUGCAGGUCAAUUGAAAGGAAAUAUAUGAUGUGAUUUGUAAAAAGCAGAGACUGGAUCACAUGAUUGCCUUGUGAUGUGGUUGUACAUUUGCAGUUAUGUAACAAUGACUCUACAAUCUAUAUAAAACAGUCCAGCUCCUAUUUUGCUUUAUUGAAUUUUGCUUUCUUCAUUUUUAUUGAUAUUAACAAUGUCACUAAAUUUCAUAAAUUCUAUUUUAAAGUUGUCUGAUUAUUUUGCUAUCUAUUUAAAAAAGCA